AAUCGUCCCACCAAACUGGACUGAGAUGAGUACACGUGGAUACAAAUGCAGAUACGAAUUAACACACAGCGUCGAUGUAUCAAAUUUCUAACCCUACGCCACCCUCCACUUGAUGGGCUGUAUUGCAUAAAUCCAAUCAAAUAGAUAAACAAGACAAUCACUUCCGCUUGCAACUCGAGAUAAGAAAAUGGUGGUGAAGGUAUAUGGUACAGCCUAUGCUUCUCCUAAGCGGGUGCUAGUCUGCCUGAUUGAGAAGGGAAUCGAGUUCGAAACUGUACCCAUUGAUCUCAUCAAAGGAGAGCAUAAAAGUCCUGAAUAUCUCCAAUUGCAGCCUUUCGGAGCAGUACCUGUUAUUCAAGAUGGAGAUUACACUCUAUACGAAUCGAGAGCAAUCAUAAGGUAUUAUGCAGAGAAGUACAAGUCGCAGGGAACUGAAUUACUGGGCAAGACCAUUGAAGAAAGGGGAUUGGUGGAACAAUGGCUAGAGGUGGAAGCACAGAACUAUCAUCCUCCAAUUUACAACUUGACCCUUCACAUUUUGUUUGCCUCAGCCUUGGGGUUUCCUCCAGAUGAAAAGAUUAUAAAAGAGAGUGAAGAAAAGCUUGCAAAAGUUUUGGAUAUCUAUGAGGACAGACUUUCAAAGAGUAAAUACUUAGCUGGGGAAUUUUUCAGCCUUGCAGACCUGAGCCACCUACCUUUUACCCAAUACUUGGUUGGUCCCAUGAACAAGGAGUAUAUGAUAAAGAGCAGAAAGCAUGUGAGUGCUUGGUGGGAUAAUAUUAGCAACAGGCCUUCUUGGAAGAAGGUCCUCCAACUCUAGAAUCCAUAUAUAAUAAAUCUGUCAUCUUUUGAAUAAUUUUUACUAGUUAAUGUUUGGUUUUAUGUUUCGUUCUUCAUAUCUACAAUCUGGCUUUGGGCAAAUGCUGGAUGAACUUUUAUUGCCUUUUUUUCUAAAAAAUCAAGGUUAUGUUCUUGUUCUAGCUGCAGUAGAAAUGGAAGUAUUUGCAAUUGAAAAAUUUAGUCUCAAACUGUCAACUUUAUGAAUUAAACUUGUUGAUGUCA